AUGACCCCCAAAGGCCAAAGUUCUCUCCAUGUCAACGUUCUGGAUCACGGCUUCUUUAAUGCUUCAUCCAACUGGAGAUUUGAGGCUCCAGGAACAUAUGAAAUCAUGGUUGAGGUUUACGCUGCCAAACAAGCUUAUCCAACCAAUACAAAAGUCCACUUCUCUGCACUGACUGACGCUCAGAACUCUGUGGAAUUCUUUUGGGACUUUGGAGACUUCACCUCUGCGCGAAACAUGCUGAAGACCAUUACUAAACAAUAUAACGAGCCGGGCAGUUUGGGAGAGUUCCCAGUGGAAGUGACUGUGUUUAACCUGGUCAGCAGAGCCUCUCUGAGACGUCCCAUCUUUGUAGUUGACACUCACUGUCAGCCUCCACCAGUGAAGAACAUGGGCCCCCACACUAUACAGGUGCCCAGACAUGAAGGCAUCCGCCUUGGAGUGACAUACGAGUCUGAGUUUGACUGUGACACGGUCGCCUCUGGAGGCGUUCAGUACACGUGGACUCUGUUUGACUCUCUGGGAGAAGCCUUUCCUUUAAGCCGUGUAGAGACUCAUAGACAGAGUCUGGUGACAGUGGUCGGCAGCGCGGUGUACAGCAACUACAGAGUAAAGCUGCAGGUGGUAGAGACGCCUCCCGUGGCCAUUGUUCAAGGCGGCACCAAUGUUUUUAUUAACAAUAGAAACUCAACUGUGAUCGUGCUGGACGGAACACAGUCGUACGACCCAGAUUAUCCUCACAGCACAGCAAGGAAAGUGAGUGUUGAAAUCCAAAACCCCCAAGUGAACUGGGAUCAGCCGCUCUCUGUCCGGGCCUUUUGUGACGAGUGCACUCUACCUUCACUUGAUUUGAUCCAUUAUACAUGGAGUCUGUUCCUGGUGAAUGCUUCUUCCAGACCUGUCAAUGACGUGAAGGAGGAGGAGGAGGGCAUGAGUCUCUGGCCGGAUCCACAGUUUGAUGCAGGAGACGAGGGCAGUGACCUGGUGGAUCUGAGGCCUGCUGCUGCGGUUCUACAGCAGACUUUACUGGACCUGCCCCGCGACACUGUGCCCCGCCAGAUCUUUGAGACCUACACCCAUACUGUUACCAUUUCAAUAGAGAUCCGAAGCAGCAUCCAUGGAGGAACCACUCGGCCCUGUCCAGUCACGGUCACAGUCCAACCACAUUUUGUGAGAAACACAUCCUGCAGCGAUCCAGGCUUGAAGCUUUCCCAGGCCGUGCUGAGAAGCCUUUCCAGUGGGUUUGUGAACGGAGUCGUGUCUCUGAACUACAUUGGGAUCGUCGCAGACAUCGUGAACAGACUGAGCUUGGAGCCUGCACUAAACACGCAGCCGCUUGGAUUUCUACCUGGUGGGGUUGGACACGUGGCUCUCCUGAAUGCUGACUUUGAAAGCGCGUACAGAUGGAGGAAGACAAAAGCCGGUUACAGCCUGAGAGUGAAGAGCAGUCGCUGUGUGUCCUGGGAGCCUCUCACUGGAACCUGGAGCCAUUACUGUAAAACUAUCUCUGCUCGAACAUCGUCCUCCGUCAACUGCAGUGUGUCUUAUAACUGGACUGUGUUGUGUGUGCUGCUUCUGGGGGUGGCCUUCUACGUUGGAGCUCUGGUUUGGAGUCUGAAGAGCGGUGUGGGCUCUGGGCAGAGAAGAGUCCACUUCCUGUCUGAUAAUUUACCACAUGAAAUGUAUCAUUACGCUGUCACUCUGCACACCGGCCUCUGCUCUGCGGCUCAGCUCAGCGCAAAGUUGCUGCGUCUCAAAGUGUGCGACUACAUGGCAGACUUCCACCCCUGGAUUUCCCUCUACAGCUGCUCAAAGCUGCACCAGAGACUGAGCCUGUGUGUUCUACUGUGGCUGGGCUACGCAUGCGCCGGCACUGUCACCAUAUCCCAGUUGCUCAAGGCUCGGCAAAGGCAGCGCUACUUGCGACUUGUGCGUCCCCCGUCUUUGACAGAGCUCAGAAAAUCUCGCUAUAACAUUAAAAGAGAACGGCUUAUUUGUGAAACAGUAUGGGAGUGGUUUGUGUUUGCCUCACUGCUUUCUCUGAUGCUGUGUGUGGCAAAUGGGAGCUUCUCCAGCGACUAUCACAAUCUCAACAGUGCUGUCAAAAAACACUUCAUAAGGGCCAUGGCUGGAUUCAAACUCAAACAACUGGAGUCUAAGCAGUGGCUAGGCAGACGUACUGUGGUCCUGAAGGUUCAUUUUACGCUGUACAGUCCUGCUCCAAACCUCUUUACCAGUGUCACGCUCACCGUCAAACAGAGUGUCCUUGGGGUGUUACUGCCCUCAGCCCAAACCCAGUCUGUCCCAGUGGUUGCUACACUCUGCUAUUGGUACUAUGUUGUUUUGGCUUGCAAGUUGCUCUUUCUGAUCCUCUUGUUGCUGCGUCUGUGCCAUCACAUUUUGUCUCUUGGUGAGAAAGGGAUGUUGAGAUACAGCAAGAUCCCGGGCAACUGGUUAGAAGUCGGUGUGUUUGUAGUCGCCGUUCUCUUCUAUGUUUACGGCCUUUAUCGAACUGCUCUGGUCAGCGAAGUGGCAGAGAAGCUGCGCAGACAAAACAGCGAGACACAUAUUGAUUUGAGUGAAUUGGCCACAACAGACCAGGUACGUAUUACUGGGAUACUUCUCCACACCAGUUGUUAG